AUGAGCGCCAACCAGGCCAUGCUCCACCUCAACCGCCAGCUGUCGGGCAUGUCGUACCGCAACCGCAACAACAACCUCAGCCUCAACCAAUCCUCGCCCCUCGCCACCGCAGAUGACUCGACCCCGGUCGCCGGUCCCUCGUCGUCCACCGACAACACCGCCCCCUCAGCCUCGACCUCGUCCGCCGCUCCCGCUCCCGCAUCCCCACUCGCACCAGCACCCGCACCUGUCAAGCGCAAGCUCCGCCCCUCGACCUCGUCGCGCGACCCGGCCACCCCAAAGCGCUCACGCCCCGCAGCCGGCUCGUCGUCCAACCCGACCCACGCCCCGCCGACAACCCGCCUCGCCGACCUCGGCGGGGUCGACGCCUGCGUCGAGCAGAUGCUCGAACUCGUCGCCCUCCCGCUCAUGCACCCCGAGGUCUACCUCCACACGGGCGUCCGCCCCCCGCGCGGCGUCCUCCUCGUCGGCCCGCCAGGCUGCGGCAAGACGAUGCUCGCCGGCGCUAUCGCAGGAGAACUCGGCCUCCCGUUCAUCUCAAUCUCGGCGCCCUCGGUCGUGUCGGGCAUGUCGGGCGAGUCGGAAAAGACGCUCCGCGAGACGUUCGAGGAGGCGGCCCGCCAGGCGCCCUGCAUCCUCUUCAUCGACGAAAUCGACGCCAUCACGCCCAAGCGCGAGACGGCCCAGCGCGAGAUGGAGCGCCGCAUCGUCGCCCAGCUCUUGACCUGCAUGGACGACCUCGCGUGGGACAAGACGGACGGCAAGCCCGUCAUGGUCAUCAGUGCCACCAACCGCCCCGACUCGCUCGACCCGGCCCUGCGCCGCGCCGGCCGCUUCGACGCCGAGAUCACCAUGGGCGUCCCGGACGAGGCCGGCCGCGAGCGCAUCCUGCGCGUCCUCAUGGGCAAGCUGCGCCUGUCGGGCGACUUUGACUACGCCCUCCUCGCCAAGGGCACGCCGGGCUACGUCGGCGCCGACCUGAGCGCCCUCACGGGCGCCGCCGGCGUCAUCGCCGUCAAGCGCAUCUUUGAGCAGUUCGGGCCCGACGGCGCCGCCGCGCUCUUGCCCGAGCUCGCGACGGGCGAGGGCGCUCUCGGCCUCCUCCAGGCGGCGAGCGGCGAGGACGCAGAGAUGGCCGGCGUCGAGGCGGUCCAGCAGGACGCCGAGCCGGCCAUCGUCGACGACUCGUCGGCGCUCUCGUCGGCGGCACCGACGCCGGGCACCGUCACGCCGAGCGAGGACGCUCCUCCUCCAUCCGCAUCAUCAGGCGACGGUACCCUCGCCGCCGUCCCCUCGCUCCCCUUUUCGACCCUCCCUCCUUCCCUCGCCGCCCUCCCGAUCGCCUCGUUCCUGCGCGCCCACCCGACGUCCCUCACGCCCGACCAGCUGUCGUCCAUCGCCUUGACCAACGCCGACUUUGUGCGCGCCCUCACCAUCGUCCAGCCCUCGUCGCAGCGCGAGGGCUUCACGACCGUGCCCGACGUCACCUGGGACGACCUCGGCGCCCUGUCGGCCGUGCGCGACGAGAUGCGCAUGAGCAUCGUGCGCCCGAUCCGCCGCCCAGACGUGUUCCGCCUCCUCGGCCUCAACGCGCCGUGCGGCGUCCUCCUGUGGGGCCCGCCCGGGUGCGGCAAGACGCUCCUCGCAAAGGCCGUCGCCAACGAGAGCCGGGCCAACUUUAUCAGCGUCAAGGGCCCCGAGUUGCUCAACAAGUACGUCGGCGAGUCGGAGCGCGCCGUGCGCCAGGUCUUUGCCCGCGCUCGUGCGUCGAGCCCGUGCAUCAUCUUCUUCGACGAGUUGGACGCCAUGGUGCCUCGGCGCGACGACAGCCUCUCUGAGUCGUCGGCCCGCAUCGUCAACACGCUCCUCACCGAGCUCGACGGCCUCGAGCCCCGCAAGCAGGUCUUUGUCAUCGGCGCCACCAACCGUCCCGACAUCCUCGACCCGGCCAUGUGCCGCCCCGGCCGCCUCGACAAGCUCCUGUACGUCGACCUGCCCACGCCCGCCGAGCGCGUCGAGAUCCUCGGCGCGUGCGCCCGCAAGACGCCCCUCGCGAGCGACGUCGACCUCGUCCAGGUCGCGCACCACCCGCGCGCCGAGGGCCUGAGCGGCGCCGACCUCGCCGCGCUCGUGCGCGAGGCGGCCACGAGCGCCGUCAAGGAGCUCUUUGCCGCGCUCGACCUCGACCUCGACGGCCCCGCGCUCGGCUCGAGCGCCGGCGGCCCGCUCGGCGCCGGCGCGACCCAGGCCCAGCUCGAGGCGCGCGUCGAGAUGCGCCAUUUCGCCGCCGCGCUUGAGCGCGCCAACCCGAGCGUGUCGAGGCAGCAGCGCAGGCGGUUCGAGACGCUCCGCAGGAGGUUUGCCGGGCAGCCGGUCGGGCACCGAGGGGAGGAGGGCGAGGCGGCGGGAGCCGGCGGGAACGACGGGCUCGAGGGCGGUGAGGCGGCGGGGCCGGCGCCGGCGCCAGCUGUCGUCGAGCACUAG